UGUAUUUUAGUUGAAGUUUAAAGCUAUCUUGAAAAUUGUAACCAUAUGGAGGUUAUCUCAGUCCUGCAAGGUCAUUUGGAGGUAAAAAGAAGAAAAAAUCAAAAAAGUAUCCAUUUACUGUCAUAAUAAUCCAGUCUGUUCCACUUCAAGGCUGACGAUGCUCCUCAUGGAGAACACUGUUUGCUCACACACAUUCUCGUCUUUUGGACCAUUGAAAAAGUAAAUGUCCAAAGUUCACAGUUUCACUUUUUUUCUGUUAAUUGUUAAACAUGAAUGCCACUGGAAUAGUCAUGGAUUUACACUCCCUCUAUAAAUGGCUGUACUGUCUACCAACUACACCUUUAUCACCCCGUCUGGAUUUAAACUACUGCUUUAGAAAUGACCACAGCUGGAAGGGUCAUUAAAUGCAAGGCGGCGGUUGCAUGGGAGUACGGAAAGCCUCUGGUGACUGAGGAGAUUGAAGUGGCCCCUCCUGAGGCCAAUGAGGUUCGCAUCAAGAUUGUGGCGACUGCAGUGUGCCAUACAGACCUGUACCACCUGUUUGAAGGGAUGGAAACUGAACUAUUUCCCACAAUCCUUGGACAUGAGGCAGCUGGCAUUGUGGAAAGUGUCGGUUCUGGUGUCACUGAAUUUCAUCCAGGAGACAAAGUUAUUCCUCUGUUCAUCAACCAGUGCCGAGAAUGUCGCUUCUGUAAAAGUCCUAAGACCAACCACUGUGAGAAAGGGGAAAAUGGUGGACACGCUAAGUUAGCAUUUGAAAAGUCAAGAAUCACCUGUAAGGGGAAGAAGUUGAUGCCAUUCAUGGCGAUAGGCUCCUUCUCUGAGUACAUCCUGAUGAAUCAGACUGCUGUGGCUAAGAUCGAUCCGGCUGCUCCUUUGGACAAAGUCUGCCUCAUUGGUUGUGCGAUAAGCACCGGUUUUGGAGCUGCAGUCAACACUGCUAAGGUUGAAGCGGGCUCCACGUGUGCAGUCUUUGGUCUGGGAGCUGUGGGUUUGGCUGCAGUCAUGGGAUGCAAGUUUGCAGGAGCUGAACGAAUUAUAGCUGUUGACAUCAACCCUAAAAAGGCUGAGAAGGCCAAAGUGUUUGGUGCUACGGACUUUGUCAACCCCAAAGAUCAAAACAAACCCAUCAGUGAAGUCCUGGCUGAGAUGACCAGUGGAGGAGUGGACUAUUCCUUUGAAUGCGUUGGGAAUGUAGAAGUGAUGCGCAGCGCCCUGGAGAGCAGCAGUGCAGCAUGGGGCGUCAGCGUAAUCGUUGGAUGGACAGACCGAUAUGACUUUGCAGCUCGACCCAUUCAGCUGAUUUCUGGACGGACAUGGAAAGGCAGUCUGUUUGGAGGGUUUAAAGGUAAAGACGGCGUGUCUGAGAUGGUCCGAGCUUACCUGCAGAAGAAGAUCAAAGUGGAUGAGUUCAUCACUCACACCAAGACUUUGCCACAAAUCAAUGAAGCCAUAGAGCUGAUGAAGAGCGGGCAAAGCAUCCGGACAGUUCUGAAUGUUUCCUCUGAUUAACUGCCCUAUAUCUUUAAACGGUUCGUAAGAAGUGAGACCCUUUAUUUCAAAUGAUUGUAAAUUCAAAAACAUAUCUGAUCAAAAUAAAUAAUUGAACUGA